AUGGAUAAUAAUAAUCUCAACUUUAUUAAUAAUGGAUUUAAUCAAUCUCAAACAACUGAUACUCGUUCAGAAAAUUCAAAUAUUAAUUACCACAAUGCAAAUACUCCUGAUUACAAUAACGGGUAUCCCAUGAUGAACGGUGGCGUAUUCCCAGCAUCUUACACCAAUACACCUGUUUACACCGAUACACCUGGCAACUCUGAUUUAUCUCAAUCUUAUCCUACCGCUUCAUCAGAUUCCCCAAAUCCUCCACAAUAUGUUUCGCAAUGUAAUAGCCAGAAUGCAACACAGUCCAAUCCUUCACUAUUUAACUCACCCAAUAUGACCAAUUAUUCUCAAAUUAACCAUUCUGAGAUCUUUAUUACAUUUGACAUCCCCGGAAUUAAAAUUAUCAUUAUACCUACUUUUCCUACAAUGAUGACUUAUCCUUUUCAAGCAAACCAUUCUGAAAUCCUUACAUUUGAAAUUUCUGGGUCCAAAGUUGUAAUUAUCAAGCUUUCUUUUCAAUGA